AUGAUCUCCCUCACGAUCGGUUACGUGUCUGGCAUCAUCGCCGCGGUGGUUUUCCUUCUCCAGUUCCUGUUCCCCAACGCCCUCAUCGUCGUGCUGGUGGGGUUUCUCAAAAAUGAGCAAACGGCCGUGACUUGGUCGGUGGUGGAGCGCAGCCUGCUGAGUUCCUCGUGGCCCACGAUCCUCCGGACAGACGCGGCCGCAACACGAGGCGUGGACACCAAGAUCAGGCUCCUGACUUGGCUGCGACCGCUCGCGCUCGGGCUGGUCUCGGUGGCCGCGGUGGUCACCCCCUUGGGACUCUACGAUGACAUUGUGCCGGCCGGGUCAACGCAGUCUGUGGCCUUCGCGUACGUGCCAGACACCGGGCCGAUGGGAUACGGGACGCCUCCUCGGAGCGAGCUUGGGUUCAGUCGGGUCUGCGGGGCCUUCCUCCCUGUCCAGUGUCCCGGCACCACGAGCGUCAUCACCUACAGCGGCAACGAUACCUUCAUGGAAGCCAACAUCACGAACAAUGACUACGACACGAGGAUCCCCGAGGUCCUGGCCAAGCUUUACCAGAGCGGCCUGGAUCAGCAGCCUCAGUCGGUCGCCAGCUUCUUUGACAUUCAAUCGCGGUACUACUCGUUCAUGUAUCAAGACGGGGUCGCGCGCGGGGGUAAGUAUAUCGUGGAUGCAUUUCGCUACUUGUCGAGCAUGGUCUUGGACAAUGCUAUCGAGCCAGUCGAAGGGCUGGUCGUCGACACGGUCACAGGGGGAGUGGGCUUCCGCAAUCAUACUGCCCCUGUUGGCGUUGACCUUGGUGCCGAAUGGACGGAAGACCUGCUCUGGAUCCAGCCAGAGUCUGCUUGCGUGGAUACAAACGUCUCGGUUGAGUUUCAGAUCCCCUACAACGGCAUCGCCAGCGACGACCUGACCAACAUCUCCCUCGUCGAUAACGGGGGAUUCGCGAAUCUGGUCCCCAAAUACCCGUACGUCAAUGUGACAAACUCGCAGGUUGAUCCGAACCUGCAGGGCCGAGCCUACAAAGCCGCUUGGAUGGUGAACGCGUAUACGAUGUUGGUCAUGAACCUGACAAGGCCGAGUCCCGAUGCUUUCGCUUACCUCAAGUCCAAGGUCGGCAACAAAUAUCCAGUCACGAAAUAUCAGACGACGGGUGUGAAGCUCAACGGAAUCUACGUCAGCAGCACUUGGACGUCCAUGUUGGAUCCGGAAGCCUACUUGUCCAACUAUACCUUGGCCAACGUGCCGUCCGCCAACUAUUCCAACCCUUUUGGGUUGACUACUUCGAACUAUAGUGACAUUUCACUGGUCUGCUCGGGGGCAGGAGGUGCCGACCUUGCCAAACUCACCAAUGUCCAUGUCGAGUGCGGCAUGGUUUUUGGGGCUGCGAAGCGUCGGGAUGGCACAAUCACCCUUGUCCAGGAGCCUGAAACGUGGUGGACACAGAAGAUAUACAGUUGUGCCACUGCAAUGAAAGCGAGCAUUAAAGAAGUGCGAUUCCGAUACAACGCGACGCAACAGACGGGUAACGACCUCAAGGCCUUGUCUAUCGUUAAUGUCAGCGACAAGUCGUACUCAGACAAAGAGGCGAUGCCUCUCUGGGGCAUCGAGUCGCCGGAGGGGUACGAGAUGAGCAAUCUUCCACAGCUAUGGGGCCUGAUCUCGCCAGAGCUUGAGCACUCGGUUAAUCUGUCAACAAUCCGGGCUCCUCAGUUGUACCUACCAGGUUAUGGUGGUUCAGGUAUUCUAUCGACCGUACCGGGAUUUGAAAAUCUGCCUGGUUCAGAUGGCCCUGCGGACACCUUAGCGGGAGUGUACCAGUACACCAGUGACGACUCGGCAGACUAUACCGGAACCACCAACAUGGCCAUGUAUGCCCGGUGGCGAGAUCUUUCCGAAACGGCAGCGACCAUGGCCAAGAUCCCCAACCUGGUGUGGACGGACAUCGCUGCGAACAUGCUGGUGGGCACGCGCAGCUGGAAUUCCGGGAAAAAAUUGCCUGCCAACCUCCAGAAACGUGACGAUGAUGGGCCGAGCACGUCCAGCAGCGACCAGGCAAUCGUUCCUGUGAGUGUCUAUCGGCGACAAAUUCGCUAUCACUGGCAAUUUGCCAUCCCGGCAUUUCUGGCUCUGGGGCUGUUCCUCGUGGUGCUUCUGGCGGCUUUGGUGUCUGUUGUCUCUGGAAGAGGGCUCCCAGCACGGGUGCGCCAUUAUCUUUUUCAUUUGUCGUCAGGUCGCAUGUUGGGAGAAAUGCAAUAUGCUGGAGAAUGCGACAAGUUGGCACCGACAAAUGAAUGGCUCGCACGUGUGGGUAGCAGGCGCAGCGAUUUGCGCGCUUAUGUCAGUCAUAAUGCUAGCGGUGUUAGCGGCAGCAACGGUCCUGGAAUCCCAACCUCACCGUUCCUCGGGCAGCAGUAUCACAUGGCCAGCGGGAUGAGUGAGGAGAAGCUGAAGGGGAUCGCGAGUGAGACGACGGAGCUGCGACAUCUCAGCAUGGCCGCGUCAGGCCAUGCGAAGGGAGUUGCGCCGGCCCCUGGAUAUAUGAGGCUCGGUGAAAACGAACAGGCGGGAUGGCGGUCACCCGCGCUCUAA